AUGACCGACUCCUAUGAUGUUAUUCGCAUUCUGGAAGAUACCAACGUUGCCACGGCCCAGAAGACGGACCAGGGAAUCUUUCAGCUCUCAGACGAAGCCGGAAGAACAUGGAGUGGGAAGAAGCUGAUUCUUGCCACUGGCGUCGAGGAUGUCAUGCUGGACAUUCCUGGGUAUGCCGAGCUCUGGGGCAAAGCCAUCUUUCAUUGUCUGUACUGCAAAGGCUAUGAGCAGCGAGGCGCGUCUGCUGGUGUUCUUGCCGUCGGCCCGCUAGGAAACGUUAAUACUGCGCUUCACAUAGCCCGUCAAGAGACGGCUCUGAGUAAACGGGUCACGCUCUAUUGCAACGGCAAUGAGACUCUAGCUGCUGAAAUUGUGGCGGGCUUCGGGACCGCAACAAACAUGAAGACGGAUACGCGAAAGGUCAAGGAAUUGGUUGCCGGCAGUGGCGGUCAAGGAAUUGUGAUUCGGUUCGACGAUGGAUCGGAAGCAGUGGAGGAUUAUCUUGCUCACCAGCCGCCCACGAGGCCUAGAGGGAAUCUGGCUGAUCAACUUGGGCUCGAGAAAGCACCCAAUGGGGAAGUCAAAGUCUCAAGUCCCUUCCAGCAAGCCAGUCUGCGUGGAGUUUUCGCAGCGGGCGAUAACGGCGCCAUGCUGAAGAACGUACCAAAUGCAGUUUUCAGUGGCCAUGUGGCAGGACAAAUGGCAUCCACCCAGCUUUUGGCCGAUUUGAAUGGCCAAAAGUCGCUUUUCCCUCUGUAA